GACAUCCAACACUGACUGACUGACACAUUUUCUGGACAUACUCGACUGCCAGCUGUUGGCGUAUGGCCAUGGUGAUAUCUCAUCGGAGGAAGGCGUGUCAUCUCCCCCAAUUACUAAGCGCCUCUUUGUCCUCGAUUUGCCCAGCCAGCCAGCGAUACUCAUGGCGGCUGCACCCGUCAAACAGCGCUCCGGGCCAGGGGGAACGAGGGGGCAACUCCCGCCCUGCUACUAUGAAGGAUACCUGGAAAAACGGGGACCGAAAGAGAAGAUUUCUCGACGUCUGUGGACCUGUUUGUGUGGGAACACCCUCUUCUUCUUCAACAAUGCCAAGGACACUCAUUAUGUGGAAAAGUUGGACCUCAGUGGCUUUGUCUCACUGAAAGACGACUGCAGCCGAGACAAAAACCUGGAGGCAGCUAGACUCAUACUGCGCAUGAAGGAUGGAGAGACAAAACUCACAGUUGCCAAUCUGGAGGCUCGAGAGUUGUGGAAAGGGUUUCUGUACUCUGUAGUGGAUCUGAGUGUGCCCAGCUGUCUGACGUUGCUGCCAGGUCAGGUGCAGAUGCUGAGAGAGGUGGUGGACAGGGAGAGGAACAGACGCAGGGCAGCACGCACUCCCACCAGGGCUCCCCCUUCCCCUCUGUCAGUACCUCUACUAGGGGAGAUACCAUCGUGUUUUCGGCCUGUGUCGAGGACUGAGGCAGAGGUUCUAUUAGAGAGACAUCCAGAUUGUGGCAACAUGCUGCUAAGGCCUGGCAGAGAUGGAUCCUCAUUGGCCGUCACCACCCGCCAGGAUCUUAAUGGGUCAGUGUUCAGACACUAUCGUGUAACUCAGAGAGAGCAGGGUGGAUAUGUGAUCGACGUUGAGAACCCAAUUCCUUGUGAAACACUACAUGAUGUCAUAGAUGCUCUGGUGGAGAAGACCGCAGGAACCCUGCAGCCCUUUCUUCUGGAGGAACCUUAUGAGGAGAAUAUCACCUAUGUUUCCUCCAAUGAUGAGAAUGGAGAGAGGAUCCUUCACUGUGCCCCUUCCAGCCCACUACCCAAAGCCCCCGCUCUACCUCCAAAACAAGGUGUAGAGCGAUGGAAACCUCUACCCAGGUCUCCUGCUCCUGACCGCCGCAUCCUGUCGGCUGUGACAUCAUCAGUUCCUUCAUUACCCAGCAGCCCGAUGAGACGCCUCAUUCUCGCCCCGUCACCCGUCCUCACACACAGUCUUACAGAAGAGCUCAAAAUGAAACUUGAGAAGAGACGGACCAGCCAGGAGUGACUUCCUGUCAUUGCUCAACCAACCUAUGGUCAGAACUCUUCUAGCAGCCACUCUAUUCUCUUCACGUGCCUUCUGAUUGGUGGACUGCAGAAUAGGUGCCCAACCCUUGUCCUCCAGGAUCAAAGUCCUGAUGGUGCCACAGACAACAGUACCUAUCUAAAUUGUUUCCCAAUGUGUUUGGGUGAAGCACCUUGUCCACCUGAGUUCAGCAGCUGAAAAAAACUCAAUUGUUUUCAAGAAGGGAGACCCAUUGGGGUUGAGCAUUAGUUAAGCACACAAAAACUGUUAUUACUCCAUCGCUCCGAUCAAGCCGAAUGUCUGUUGACCUGCUGCUGAUAUAACUGACACCACACUGGAGUCUGAAGAAAGAAACAAGGUGGAAUCCAGAGACUAGAGAGACCAGAGACUAGAGAGACCAGAGACUAGAGAGACCAGAGACUAGAGAGACCAGAGACUAGACCAAUAUUUGCCAACCCUGAGUAUCUUUGUUAGUUUUUGUUGAAAUCUUGUACUAACACACGUGUAUCAACUAAUUCAAGUCUUAAUCAGUUGAAUCGUUUACUAUUGGUAGGCUUGUAACUAUAGGUAAAUGAACACUGGAUGAGUGAUCAACUGUAGUUAUCCUGCAUCUCGAAUGCCAUUCUGGCAAUUAUUUGGUGGUAUGAUGGCUUUGUUUGUGCUAUGAUGGUACUAUGAUGUUGCUGUGAUGGUUAUAUUAUGGUACUUUGAUAGUGAUGUGGUAGUACUAAAAUGGUAUGGUGCUAUAAUGGUAUGGUAUGACUCCAGUUGACUAAAACGUUUCCCCUAUUUUGUGUGUGUGUUUGUUAAUGAUACAACUCAAGUAAAACCUUAUUUUAUACUGUAUGUGUGUGUGCGUACGUACGUGCGUGUGUGUGUGUGCGCACACUACUGUGUUACUGUGACCUACUGGUGCCAGGGCACUUUUUAUUGCACAGGUUCUGUGCCCCCCUGUUGUUCCCAAAAUAAAAUAAAGGAAGGAAACAUUUUAAUCUAGGCUUACUAUACAUCACUGACUGUAGUGAGCACUCUUCUCCGGUGUUCGGGGUUGGUACAAAAGCACAAGCCAGUGGAACUUAAACCUGAGGUCAUGUGUUCAAUAGGAGGGCAGCCUCUAGUGGACUCUCUAGAACCUCACUGGAGUUCUACACUACAGCUUCCUGUACAUUUCUUUUUGUGUCUUGGUCAGUGUUGUUUAAGAAUGUGUUUUAUUUAAAAGAUGACCUAUUCAUGGCUAUUAAAUAAUUCUUUUGCAUGAAACAUGAAAA